AUGGACGACGAUGAUGUAAAGAUUGUAUCUGAAUUGGACGAUGAGAACGAUUGUUCAUCACCUCCUCCAUCCUCAAAACGAAAACACGACGAGUACGACGACCAAGAGGACGAUGAUGAUUAUGGAGAUGACGAAGAGUCUGCUUCUCCUCCUAAAAAGGCUAAACUGGCUGCUGGAAGGAGUGCUCCCAAAUCGGCUACAGUCGCUACAAGAAAGAAGCCUACAUCAACUCUGCUUCGACGACCACUAGGAAACAUGCCGCCGCCUCUCAUCUCAAGAGUAAAUACUACCAUUGCUUUGCAAACUGUGGCUAAACCAUUCAAGGCACCAUCUUUUCUCAAUGGAAUCAAGUCUGAUGGAGGAGGUCGCAGAGGAACCACUCUGGGUGUACGUCGCGUCCCACUAACCACUCGAGGAGCACUACACGAUCCAGAAGCCGAAGGAGCAAUCAUCCUCUUCACGCCAAAAGUAUACUCGUUGACUGAACAGCUAGAAGCUAAAAAGUCAACCGCCACGGGCAAAGAAGUAAUUGUCCAAGAAGUACAUGUCGUAAUUGAUCCUAAACUCGCUACUGUAUUGAGACCACAUCAGAUCGAAGGUGUUCGUUUCAUGUGGGAAUGCGUUACCGGUGUCACUUCGCCCAAUGCAUUUGGUUGUAUUAUGGCUGAUGAAAUGGGACUGGGGAAGACUUUGCAAUGUAUUACACUCUUGUGGACAUUACUACGGCAAUCUCCUAUACCUGGCAAACCGACCAUCGAAAAGGCUAUAAUUGCAUGUCCAAGUAGUCUUGUCCGCAACUGGGAGAAUGAACUCAAGAAAUGGCUCGGUCCUGAUCGAAUCAGACCACUUGCUUGUGAUAACAAGGUUUUCCAUUUAAUAGUCCUCAUUAUUUCGUAUGAGUCUUUGAGAGGUUAUGCAGCAAUCAUCAAGAAGACAGAGAUCGGAUUGAUGCUUUGUGACGAAGGACAUCGAUUGAAGAACUCGGAUUCUCAAACUUAUCAAGAACUGAACAGCUUGAAUGCCAAACGACGCGUCAUUUUGUCAGGAACACCUAUUCAGAAUGAUUUGACGGAAUACUUUGCUCUAUUGAGUUUCGCUAUUCCUGAAGUUCUUGGUACACAGGCUCAAUUCCGUAAAAUGUUUGAGAUCCCCAUCCUGCGUGGUCGUGACGCAGAUGCCUCAGACAAGGACAAGCAAAUCAGUAAUGAAAAGUUGACCGAGUUAUUGACUAUCGCCAACAAGUUCAUCAUUCGUCGAACUGCAGAUCUCUUGACCAAAUAUUUGCCAGUCAAAUAUGAACAUGUCGUGUUUUGUAAACUCACAGACUUACAAACUCAAUUGUAUACCGAAUAUGCCAAAUCCAAAGCCGUCAAGAGUCUCUUGGCUGGUAAUGGUAAUCAGCCUCUCAAGGCAAUCACCUUCUUGAAAAAGUUGUGCAAUCAUCCAGCUCUCGUCAACAAGGAAGAUGUACCCGAAGCAAUGACUCUGCCGCCCAACUUUAACUUUGACUUGUGUCAAUCAGAGUUUGCUGGCAAGAUGUUGUUACUUGAAAGGAUGUUGGCUAUGAUCAAGAAAACAUCCAAUGACAAGAUUGUUUUGAUAUCAAACUACACUCAGACGUUGGAUUUGUUUGACAAGAUGUGUCGUGCUCGUCAAUGGGGUGUAUUACGAUUGGAUGGAACCAUGACGAUUCCCAAACGACAAAAGUUGGUGGAACGAUUCAAUGAUCCUGCUGGUCAGGAAUUCGUGUUUCUGCUCUCCUCCAAAGCCGGUGGUUGUGGUCUCAAUUUGAUUGGAGCAAACCGAUUGGUCUUGUUUGAUCCUGACUGGAAUCCUGCUAAUGAUGGACAAGCAUUAGCUCGUGUAUGGAGAGAUGGCCAAAAGAAGACGUGCUUCAUCUAUCGAUUCAUUGCUACUGGCUCCAUUGAAGAAAAGAUUUUUCAAAGACAAGCCCACAAACAAUCACUCAGCAGUUGUGUAGUGGAUGAAGCAGGAGCCGAAGAAGUUGAGCGCCACUUCUCCUUAGAAUCACUUCGACAACUCUUCCAAUUGAAUCUCAACACGAUGUGUGAUACUCAUGAUGCCUUCCAUUGCAAGCGAUGCACAAAGCAAGGAAUCCAACAUACCAGACCGAAAGAAGGCGCCAUCACGGCUGGAGCUUCAGGUGCCGAUACCAGUACAUGGAAUCACUUCCAUCAAAGCGAAGUAUCCAAAUGCUUUGAUAAUGUGUUGAAACAGUGUGCUGGUGAUACUGGGGUUGUUACAUAUGUGUUUCAGAACAAGUCUCAUGAUCAGCUCGUUGUCAAACUCGCUUAG